GUCCAGGCCUGUGGUGAAUCUAACCGCGGAGAUGAGCCACACUCCCGACAGGAUCCCCCUGUGGAAGUUUGUCUGUCCAAUGGGGAACUUCCCAGAGAAAGUAUCCACCUGCAACAUCACGAUCUGCUUCAAUAUCUCUCUCGCAACUUCGGGAUCGGGAGCAGGGCACGGUCCACUCUCUGCCCUACUGUGGUACAGCGUGCGCCUGGAUGGGCAGAAGCAGGUACCCAGAGUGGUGUUUGACACUGAGGAGAGGGAGCUCGGCCUAAGCUGGGCAGUCACUGACGGGCACCACUGUUACACACAUGAGCUCCUCCUUUCGGCCUGCGUGAAUGACUAUCUCAAUCCCGUUGGCGUCCACAUCAAUUUCUCACUCGCGGCGCUGCCCAACGGGUCCUGGGCCGACCUCGCGCCCAUCCUGAACGAACACGGCGCCAGGGCGCUGGCCCAGAUGGUCCCCAUUGAGAUUAACUGCGGCGAAGACAAUGUGUGCGUGGACCACCUCCACGUGACCUUCCACGCAGAGAGGGAGGUACUGGUUGGCGCCGCCUCCCUCCUCGAACUGCGCGUCUCGGUGUCCAACCGGGGCGAGGAUUCGUACCGGGCCUCCGUCACCUUCCACCAGCCCCUGGGCCUGCAUUUCCGAAAACUCCACAACCUCCAGUCAACGCGUGUGGAAUGCGCGUCCAACAGCAGCUCUGUCGAUAACCUCACGGGGGAAUUCACCUGCAACGUGAGCCAUCCCAUCUUGCAGAGCCAUGCAUUGGCCGUGUUUAUACUGACCUUUGAGGUGGGUGAUGUGAAUGUCUCGGAAGAGGGGCUAAGGAUCAGAGCUGAAGCCAAGAGCGAAAAUCCCACAGGAAUUUCCGAGGACAGUGUCCAUGAGCAGACCAUCCCUGUGAAGUACGCUGUCAAACUCUUCGUGUCACGGGUGUCUUCCACUCGCUACGUCACAUUCACAGAGAGGAGCAGCGAGGAGAGGAGGAUCAAACACGUCUACAAGGUGGAGAACAUCGGGGGCAGGGCCGUGCCCAUCAAUGUGACGGUCAAAGCCUCUGAGGAAGUAGCGGGCCUCGUGAGGUGGAUGCCGGAGCUCACCAUGACAUUUCAAGAGAGCAGUGCCCCCCGGUGUCGGGACAUCGAGGGGAGGGAGCCGAGCGCGGGGCGAGAGGAGGAAGGGCCUGAACUUUCCAAGAGCAAGAUCCGCUCAGUGAUGCUUGUCUUGGAGAACAACUGCCGGCUGCACCUUAUCUUGGAUGGAAUAGUGCGGACCAUCGGAAAUAUACCUCCCAUCGACACCAAACUAACGAUGGAGAGUGAAGUCUACAUCCGGCUGGAUUCACGGCAUUUUGUGAACAUAGUCACCGGAAUGAACCACAGAGCACAGAGCGCGACGGGGGUGGAAUUUCAGAAAUGGUACAAUCCACUGCCAGUAAUUCUCGGGAGCACACUGGGGGGUUUUCUACUUCUCGCAGUCUUAGGCUUCGCUCUGUACAAGUGCGGGUUUUUCAAGCGUAAUUUCAAGGACAGGCUGUGUGAUGGUGACGGAGCGUGCGAUCACCCAACCGCUGAGCCCGAGGGCGGCACAACGCCCGAAAACUGCCAGGGAAUGAUGACAGCAGAGCCGCCAUCCCCCUGAGACUUCGGUAACCGACCGGACCAAAGGUGCAAAACCUGCUGGAAAACUCACUGGAGUGCAGAUCCUCUUCCCUUAUCGCGCGUCGGUCGAUCGUCUCGCUUGCUUUCCUCGCUUUCCCAGAGAUCUGGGGGGUGCGCAGUUCAUGGGUCGGAUCAACUCAGCGGGGCUGAAGUGCUGGGAGGGUUGGGGGAAGGGCCUGGAAUCACGGUGAUCUGCUCCCGUCCGCUCCAGCCCCCUACAUACCCUCUCCCUAUCUCUGUCACCCCCUGCACCCCCUCCCUCUCUCCGUCACCCCUUCCCUCUCUCUCUGUGAUCUCCUCAAACCAAGCUGCAGUGAUAGAAUUUGUGGUCUUUUCUCUGGAGUUCUUCCAGUUGGUACAUUUCAACCGUAAUCGUGCUUUUAUUCCGGUUUUGAUUUAUUUUUGGUUG